AGAGACAGUUUGAUAUUUGUUAAAUAGAAAACUAAAUAGUGAAGAAGAUUGGAAAUUAUAAAAUAAUGUGUGUCAGUUUUGAAAUGUUUUUCAUAAAAUUAUGAAUUCCUCGACUUUAUCGUCUGGAACUUUAAGUCACUCGUCCGGACAGAGAACACCGGAAUCCCAAGAUUCAGAAUUAACCUCUGUCGGCAAUCAAACUUCAAAGAUUCUGAACCAAAUCAAAUCCGAGUUACAGGAUCAAAAGCAACAGGAACGACUACUUCGAGAGCUACAUUUGAAACGUGUUCAAUCAUUAAAGAAAGAAUUAGAUUACAUUAAAGCAACAGAGUGGAGAUACCAGCCGAUGGAUUGGUAUAUGGAUAGAAACAAUAGGAAUUAAUUAUGUUGUCAUUUAUAUAUAAUGUUAUGAAAAGUAUUACACAGCAAAAAUCAAUUAUUGAAAA